GCCCCCCAAACCCUCCCUUUCAGCUUGGCCCAGUUCCAUGUUCAAAGUAGGAAAGACCAUCACCUUUCAGUGCCGAGUAUCUCAUCCAGUACUUGAAUUUUCUUUGGAAUGGGAAGAAAGAACAACAUUCCAAAAAUUCUCAGUAGAUGGAGGAGACUUCAUCAUCACUGACAUUGAAGGACAAGGCACAGGGACCUACAGUUGCAGCUAUUAUAUUGAGACACACACUAACACCUGGUCACAGCACAGUGAGCCUCUGCAGUUGGUGGGGCCAGCAGGCUUCCUCACCUGGAAUUCCAUUCCAAAUGAAGCUUUCAGGAUGUCCUUAUCUAUCCAGAUUGUUUCCUUGCUGCUCCUAGUGCUGUGGAUACGGUGGAAAUGUCGGAGACUGAGAUUCAGAGAAGCCUGGUUGUUGGGAACAGCUCAAGGGGUCGCCAUGCUCUUCAUACUCAUGGCUGUUCUUUGCUGUGGACUGUGCAGUGGGGCACUGGCAGAAGAGAUUGAAAUAAUCAUGCCAACUCCUAAGCCUGAACUCUGGGCAGAGACGAACUUCCCUCUGGCCCCGUGGAAGAACUUAACCCUCUGGUGCAGAAGCCCUUCUAGCUCAACUAAGGAGUUUGUGUUACUGAAGGACGGGACCGGGUGGAUUGCAACUCGCCCAGCCUCGGAGCAGGUCCGGGCUGCCUUCCCCCUUGGCGCCCUGACCCACAGCCACACCGGGAGUUACCAUUGCCAUUCAUGGGAGGAGAUGGCUGUGUCGGAGCCUAGUGAAGCACUUGAACUAGUAGGAACAGACAUCCUUCCCAAACCUGUCAUUUCGGCUUCCCUCCCAAUCCGGGGCCAGGAACUGCAGAUCCGAUGCAAAGGAUGGCUAGAGGGUUUGGGCUUUGCUCUGUAUAAGAAGGGAGAGCAGGAACCUGUCCAGCAACUCGGUGCCGUUGGUAGAGAAGCCUUCUUUACAAUUCAAAGAAUGGGAGAUAAAGAGGAGGGCAAUUACAGCUGCCGCACACACACCGAAAUGCAGCCCUUCAAGUGGUCUGAGCCCAGUGAGCUCCUGGAGCUUGUCAUAAAAGAAGUGUACCCGAAGCCUUUCUUCAAGACGUGGGCCAGUCCUGUGGUCACUCCUGGUGCCCGAGUGACUUUCACUUGCUCCACCUCCCAUGAGCACAUGAGCUUCAUUCUUUACAAGGAUGACAAUGAAAUUGCAUCAAGUGACCCCGCCUGGGGAACUCCAGGGUCUAGUGCAGCUCACUUUCUGGUCAUUUCAGUGGCCGUUGGUGAUGGGGGAAACUAUAGCUGUCGUUAUUAUGACUUUUCCAUCUGGUCUGAGCCCAGCGACCCUGUGGAGCUAAUUGUGACAGAAUACUACCCGAAACCCACUCUCCUGGCACAGCCAGGCCCGGUGGUACUUCCUGGGAAGAAUGUGACACUCCGCUGCCAAGGAACUUUUCAGGGCAUGAGGUUUGCCCUCUUACAGGAGGGUACCCAUGCUCCCUUACAGUUCCAGAGUGCUUCGGGGACCUCAGUUGACUUCCUCCUCCACACUGUUGGAGCGGAGGACUCUGGAAACUACAGCUGUAUCUACUAUGAGACAACCAUGUCGAACAGAGGCUCAUACCGUAGUGUGCCCCUUAUGAUCUGGGUGACUGACACAUUCCCCAGACCAUGGUUGUCUGCUGAGCCUAGUUCUGUGGUCACUAUGGGACAGAAUGUUACUCUCUGGUGCCAAGGACCAGUUCAUGGAGUUGGGUACAUUUUGCACAAAGAAGGAGAAGCCACUUCAAUGCAGCUUUGGGGGUCUACCAGCAAUGAAGGAGCAUUCCCUAUUACCAAUAUAUCUGAUGCUAGCAUAGGUCGUUAUAGCUGCUGUUACCACCCUGACUGGAUCAGCCCUAUCAAGAUACAGCCUAGCAACACUCUGGAACUCAUAGUCACGGGUUUACUUCCUAAGCCCAGCCUGUUAGUUCAACCUGGUCCCAUGGUAGCCCCUGGAGAAAAUGUGACUCUUCAAUGUCAAGGGGAACUUCCAGAUUCAACAUUUGUCCUUUUGAAAGAGGGGACUCAACAGCCUUUAGAGCAACAGAGGCCAAGUGGGUACAGAGCUGACUUCUGGAUGCCAGUGGUGAGGGAUCAGGAUUCUGGUGUCUACAGCUGUGUUUAUUAUCUGGAUUCUGCUCCCCUUGUGGCUUCGAAUCACAGCAACCCCCUAGAGAUCUGGGUGACUGACAAGCCCCCUAAACCUUAUCUGUCAGCCUGGCCCAGCACUGUCUUCAAACUAGGGAAGGACAUCACCCUUCAGUGCCGAGGACCCCUACCAGGAGUUGAAUUUGUGCUGGAACAUGAUGGAGAAGAAGCACCCCAGCAGUUCUCAGAGGAUGGAGACUUUGUCAUCAACAAUGUGGAAGGGAAAGGCAUUGGAAACUACAGCUGCAGCUACCGUCUGCAGGCCUACCCUGACAUCUGGUCAGAGCCCAGUGAUGCCCUGGAGCUAGUUGGAGCAGCAGGGCCUGUUGCUCAAGAGUGCACUGUAGGUAACAUUGUCCGAAGUACCCUGAUUGUGGUGGUGGUGGUAGCCUUGGGGAUAGUGCUAGCCGUAGAGUGGAAGAAGUGGCCUCGCCUUCGGACUAGGGGCUCUGAGACAGAUGGAAGAGACCAGACCAUAGUCCUUGAAGAGUGUAACCAAGAAGGAGAACCAGAAACCACCACCAAUUCUCCUUCAUCUGCCUCUCAGAGAAUCUCAGCGGAACUGACAGUCCCAAUAUAAUUAUCCUCUCCUUUACAAGAGGUUUCCUCACCUAUCUUUUGCUUGCAGAGGCCUGGAAAUCCAACUUGCUUACCCUAGAAUUCAGCAGCAUUUACUGCUUUUUGAGUCUAGCCACCUGAGUUGGGUCAAGAGGAUUCUUGGAGUGGCAAGCUCUACUAGGUCAAGCUGUUUCCCUUACCCCUGUAACUCCUCACCAUACUGAUUUACUGGUGCAUGAAAUUCUAUUAAAAUGUAUUCUUCUGAAUAAAGAGAGUAUUCACUAUUUAACUGCAAA